UCGUUCGUCAUUUGUACACAGUCGUUCUUUCGCUAACGGGCAGUGAAGUUCGGCCAUCUUGCUUUUUCCUCGUCACUGUUUGUUUUGGUGCAUCCUUGUCCCGUAUUUCAAUAAAAUCGAGAGGAAAAAAAUAGGCAAACUCUUAAAAGCACAUCGAAAUAUACUAAAUUCGUGAAUAUUACUGAAAAUAUAGAGGGAAGGAGGAAUUGCCUUAUUAUCGGUGAUUUUCUUUUUUUCUGAAAUAAAUUCGUCUCGUGUCAUCUGGUCGUCGUCGUUGUCUUCGUGUUUAAAUAAGUGUAUAUAUAAGAAUAUUGGUUUUCUUGUGUUGGUAAUCUGUGUGUUUUAAAGAAGAGAAAAAAAAGAAGAAGGAAAGAAAAAUGGCCUGCGCCACCCUAAAGAGAUCUCUGGAAUUUGAUCCUGUUCAUAGCCACGGACGACCAAACAAGCGACGAAGAUGCGUUCCAAUGUGCGUCUCACCUGGCAGUUCAUCGCCAAAUGUUACAAAAACACAAAGUCCAUCGCCAUUCGGCGAAAUAUCGCAGAAAUUGACGCCUGAAAAAAUGGCAGCAAACAUCAGAGAGGAAAUCCGCCGAUUGCACCGACGCAAACAAUUGUAUUUCAAUCCUCAAAGCAACAAUGGCGAUUUCUCAGAUAUGGAGGGUUCAUCAAAUCCUUCCAGUCCAUCUGGUUGCGGUUCAAACGCCUACAGUAAUAGCACAUCAUGCAAAGAGAAACCUCUCUUCACAUUCAAACAGGUUGGCAUGAUUUGCGAGCGGAUGCUGAAGGAUCAAGAAGUACAAAUUCGAGAGGAAUAUGACCAGAUCUUGACAAUGAAAUUAUCCGAGCAAUACGAAUCAUUUGUUAAAUUUACAUACGAUCAAAUUCAGAAAAGAUUCGAAUCUGCAGCUGCUCCCAGUUAUCUAUCCUAAGUUGGAUUCUUACUGUUAAGGAUACGUUUCUGUGAAAAAAAUAUUAGAUUUGUACUGCUGCGUGAGAUAAAUUUUACUCGAACACGAACAUCGAGUUGGAUGCUGAUUUCUCUGCAACAACUCGGGGGUGAAAAGGGAAUAAAUUAUUUUUUCCUUUCAUUUUUCAAGAGCUAAAAAUCGAGAUAAACAAUUAAAAAAAGAACAUUUUUUUCUAAAGCAAGAAUGUUUAGUGCACUAAGUUUAAGUAGAAUAUUUGCGAAUAAACAGCGAUCACUUGAUAAUGAUGGAAAAAAACAACAAAAAAAAAAAAAAAAAAAUGUCCACAAUGUAUACUAGUGAAACUAACGAUAUUUGUACCGUCUGGUGUUUGUUAUAAAACAAAGAUAAAAAAAUAACAAAAAAAAAUUUAAAAAAAGUGCGCUGAUAUCAGGGAACUUUUAAAUCGCACAAAUAUCGAAAGUCAACUCACUUUUUAUACUCAAAUUUGAUAAAAAGUCUAGAGAAAAAUAACGAAAAUUAACUUAUCUUCAAAAAUCGAAUAACCAAAAUUUAUGAAAAAAAAUUUUGUCCUGAUUUUUACGAAUUUUUUCAGCAAAAGAUAUUUUUUUAAUCGAAUAAAAUACUGUAGCCAUUUUUGAUAUUUGAAGAUAAAAUUAAAGUGAAAAUUUCGAGCUUAUUUUGCUUAAUUAAUAAAAGCGUCAUGCGUCAUUUUUUUAUUAUUAAAAAAUUUAUUAUUAUCAUUAAUAAACUAAUUUAAAAAAAAGAAAAAAUAUCAAUCUUUGUUUUUCUUUUUUUUAAGUGAUUAAAAUUUCUAUUUAUGAAAAUAGAAACUAGUAAAAUGAACGGCACUCAAAAAAACGGCUUUUUUCUAUUUAUUUUUCUAUAGAAUUAGUUUUAGGUAAAGAUUUAGGAUAAUCGUUUUUUCUUUACUUUGUUUUGCUUUCUCUUUCGUAUUAGAAGAAUUUUUUCACAACUGAUUUGUGUAUGGAAAAAUUAGAAAAUUGUACUUUCGAAAAAAUGAAAGAAACAAAUUUGGAUCGGUGACUAUUUUUAUGAUUUAAGAGAGGAAAAGAGAAAUUUUUGUUUGCACGCGAAAUAUGUUUUUUUGAAUAAUGGUCGUUCCCUGAUAGCAUCGUCUUGAAAAAAGGACACGAGGAAAAAAAAGACGAAUAUCCGUAAUUUUACUGUGCCUAUUAAUUAGACUAAACGCUUGGUCAUUGUUAUCAAAUUUACAUUAAAAAGAAAAAUUUUUGUUUGCUUCGACACUUUUCUUUAAGUUUUCAAAAUAUUAAGAAACCCCGAUUUUUUUUAGUAAUAUAAUGUACAUUUUUUUCGUAAUACUAGAUGAUAAUAAUUUUUAGGCUAAUACGUUAGAUUAACAGAUUGUCAACAAAUUACAAGUUACUUUUUAUUUUUCUGAAAACAAAAAACUAUUUUCUUCAUUCUCUACUAAAAAUUAAAUUCUCAUCACGAUUUUCCCUUUUUUUAAGACAAACAGUUCUUUAAUUUGAAAUUUUUUUAUUUUUCCAUUCGAAAAAAAUCUUGAUAAGAAUAUUAAUUUUUUCGGGGAGGAUUUUUUUGAAUUUGGUAAAAAUAAAAAUGGUGCCAGAAUUUAUUUUUAUGGGUUUUUAUCGAAGAAGCAACGAGUCGAGCCCAAAGAAAGGAAGUAAAUGGAUUAAACUUGAUUGUGGCAUGUGUAAAGAUUAAGUUAAUUAAUAUUGAAAAUUAGUUUAUAAAGAGUAAACAAAAAAAAAAAAAAAAAAACAAUACAAAAGCCACAUAACGUUCGAGAUGCGAAUAUUUUACCAUUUAAGAAGAGAGGCCAUGGUGAGUGAACCACCUUGGGAGGAAUUCCUUGUGCAAAGGAAUUUAGUUUCAUUGUUAAAAUACCUCUAUUAUGUAAACACACUUAUUAUUGAAAUAAAUAUAAACUUUAAGACUGAAA